UGUCUACACUGGCAUACUACCAACAACUGUAGUACUGGUGAGAUCUGCAGCCGAAAACUUCAACCAUGAGACAAUUGGUCGCUCUUCUGUUUGUGGCCUUAGUGGCUGACGCAACUCCCGGAAUUGGCUAUGGUCUUGGAGGGCUUGGCUUAGGCCUAAAUGGUGGAUUCGGUGGAGGAUAUGGAGGCUAUGGUGGUCUAUUGGGUGCUGGAAACUACGCCAAUGGAUACAGCCAUUCCACUGGAUACAACCAUGGAAACCACUUCCUGAAAGGCUUUGGAGGAGCUGGUGGGUUGAAGCAUGGUCACCUUAACAAACACUUCCUUGGCAAACGCAGUGCUGAUCCCGAGCCAGGACUACUCGGAGGACUUGGAUAUGGAGGCCUUGGGCUUGGAGGUCUUGGCUUAAACGGUGGAUUCGGAGGUGGAUAUGGCGGUUAUGGUGGUCUCUUGAGUGCAAAUAACUAUGCCAAUGGAUACAGCCAUUCCAAUGGAUACAGUCAUGGAAACCACAUUGGAGGAGGAUUCAAGGGACUGGGAGGUAUUGCAAAUGGUCAUCUUAACAAACACUUCCUCGGGAAGCGAAGUGCUGAUCCAGAACCUGGAUUACUUGGAGGUUUAGGAUAUGGAGGCCUUGGACUUGGAGGUCUUGGCCUAAAUGGUGGAUUCGGUGGAGGAUAUGGAGGCUAUGGUGGUCUAUUGGGUGCUGGAAACUACGCCAAUGGAUACAGCCAUUCCACCGGAUACAACCAUGGAAACCACUUCCUGAAAGGCUUUGGAGGAGCUGGUGGGUUGAAACAUGGUCAUCUUAACAAACACUUCCUCGGCAAACGCAGCGCUGAUCCCGAGCCAGGAUUACUUGGAGGUCUGGGAUAUGGAGGCCUAGGACUUGGAGGUCUUGGCUUAAACGGUGGAUUCGGAGGUGGAUAUGGCGGCUAUGGUGGUCUCUUGAGUGCCAAUAACUAUGCCAAUGGAUACAGCCAUUCCAAUGGAUACAGUCAUGGAAACCACAUUGGAGGAGGAUUCAAGGGAUUGGGAGGUAUUGCAAAUGGUCACCUUAACAAACAUUUCCUCGGGAAGCGAAGCGCUGAUCCAGAACCUGAAUCUGAAUGAGGAGUCCAUGUCAUCAUUAGAACAGACCACCAGCGGAUGUUUAUGUAGACAAAUACGACAAUAACAAUUUCAUGAUAGAAAUGUGAGCCUAGAUACUAGUUGUAACUGAAAAUUUAGUCUUCUUUUUGUACAGUGCAUGGUUUUAUGAAAAUAAAUUCAUAUUUUUGCAGCAAAA